GAGAGAGAGAGAGAGAGAGAGAGAGAGACAGAGGGAGAGAGAGACAGAAGGAGAGAGAGAGAGAGAGAGAGCGACAGAGUGAGAGAGAGAGAGAGACAGAGGGAGAGAGAAAGAGAGAGAGAGAGACGACAGAGUGAGAGAGAGAGAGAGACAGAGGGAGAGAGAGAGAGAGAGAAAGAGAGAAGGAGAGAGAGAGAGAGAGAGAGAGAGAGAGAAGGAGAGCUGAUCGAGGCUCAGCAGUCUCAGUGGCGGGAACGGACAGAGACGGACGGCGGGAAGAUCUCAGGUGAAAGAAGAAGAAGAAAGUCUCUGGUUCAUGGAAACAUGGCGGGCUCCUCCAGCACUCCUCUGUCCCGGACCUCCAGCCCACCCACCGACUCUCUCUUCCACCCCGACCCGCCUUACAGCGCUCCCAACCCGGCCAGCUCUCCUCGCCUCCCCGCCGCUCGCCUGGCUGGAGCGUUCCUGAGCGGCGGCAGCGGCAGAGUCCCGGUCAGUGUCAACGGGACGAGCGGCGGAGUUUCCGCUGCGGCCGCUCCGCACACCGAGUGUCAGAUGGUUGAAGUUCACGGUGUGAAGGUGGCUUCGUUCACGGUGAACGGCGUGGAGCUCAUUUGCCUGCCGCAGGUGUUCGAGCUGUUCCUGAAGCACCUGGUGGGCGGGCUGCACACCGUCUACACCAAGCUGAAGCGGCUAGACAUCAGCCCGGUGGUCUGCACCGUGGAGCAGGUGCGCGUCCUGCGGGGACUCGGAGCCAUCCAGCCCGGAGUCAACCGCUGCAAGCUCAUCACCAGGGCCGACUUCGAGACGCUGUACCGGGACUGCACCAACGCCAGCUCUCGACCGGGUCGUCCUCCGAAGCGAACACUGGGCGUUGCCACAAUGACUGAUGGCUCCAGACUCCUCCCACACGGUCUGAUAAGCCCCGCCCUGCUGUCAAAGACAGGUCUGACGGCGGCGAUGGCCGAGGCUCUGAAGCUGCAGAAGAUGAGGAUGAUGAUGGGUUUCCAUGGCAACUGCGAUCAGCAGCGAUUUCACAACGGAGCCGAGUCCGAGAACGACGACACAGGAGGCAGUGAAGGAUCCUGGGAGAAGGAGCAGCGUCUCCUCUCUCCUCCUCCCUCCUCGGUUGUUGCUCCUCCUCCUGGUUCGGCGUCUCUUCACCUCAACGCUCUGCAGCAGCACAGCUCGCUGUUGGCCAACCGUCUGUCAGACUUUCCUUUUAUGGUCAUGCCACACCCCCUCCUCCCUGUGGGCCUGCCCCCUGCCAGCGUUGCCAUGGCGGUGAACCAGAUGAGUCAGCUGAGCAGUUUGGCAAAUAUGGCCGCCGUGUCACAGGUUCAGAGAGAAGAGAGCAAGCAUUUUCCUCCAGGAAGCCCCUCCCCCUGCCCCUCCCCCAGUGAUGAUGAGCUCCACCCCCAAGAACCAACCAGCCGAUCACCUUCCAGAGCAUCUUCAUUAUCCUCAUCAUCACCCUCUCCACCACACACACUGGAGCUGGACGGUGAGAUUGCAGAGCAAGAAAACAACAUGAAGAAGGUGUUGAAGGAAAAAGAUGACAGCCUGUUGCCCCUCCCCCUCCUCAAACCGACCUAUGAGAAGCUGCCGCUCACCUCUCAAUCACUGUCAAUCAACCACGCACACCCCGCCUUCACUCCAUUCCUAUUGGCCGAGGGUCUGUCCUCCAUGGAGACACUGCUGACCAACAUACAGGGUCUCCUGAAGGUGGCGGUGCAGAGCGCUCGCUGUCAGGACAAACAAAACCAGAUGGAGAGGAAGGAGUUAAAGCUGGAGCUGGACAGAGAGAGAGACGCCCGACAGACGCUACAGAGACAGCUGAGUUCUGAACUACAGACCAGAGUGUCAAUCCAGAGGAGGCUGAAGAAGGAGAAGAAGGCGAAGAGGAAGCUGCAGGAGGCGUUAGACUUUGAGUCGAGGAGGAGAGAGCAGGUGGAGAGAGCGCUCAAACACUCUGACUCCCUCACAGAUGCAGUGAUUGAUGACAGUGAAGUGACAGAGAACAAGGAGCGGGAAAAUUCUGCAGCCCAAGGAACCGGAGCGGUGUAUCACAGAGGAGGAAAAUGGCCGCCCUCUCACUGACUGAAACUCUCCGUCUGUUCCUGCAGAGAAUCGACCGUUCAUCAAACCUCCGCUGCUCUUCUGAGAGCGGAUCUGUCCUCAGAGGAAGAGGAGGAGGAGGAAGAGGAGGAGCUAUAGCGGACACAAACAGACGAUGGGCGUAUAAAAAAGAAAAGAGGAACUAAAUACUCAAAAUCCCAUCAGCCACCUCUUCCUGCUUCCUGUUUUUAAUGAUUUCUUAAUAUUUUUAUUAUUAUUAUUAUGAUUAUUAUUAGAGAGAACAGCCUGAAGUGGGAGGGGUUUAAAUGUUACAUGACCAUCUGUGAUGUCAUCAGAAGCCCCGCUGACCUGUAGGGGGCGGAGUCUGUUUGUUUACUGCUGUAAAACUUUAUUAAUGUUGUAGUCCAGGUGUUACCUGCUGUAGUGCUGCAGUUAAUAGUAGAAGUACUUUUACUCUUCCUUUGUUUGAUUCUCGCUGUAACAAGUUAUCUUAACGAGCUCUGAUCUUAACGAGCUCUGAACUUAACGAGCUCUGAUCUUAACGAGCUCUGAUCUUAACAAGCUCU